UGUUUGAAAAAAUAUCUCAAAGGCAGAGUAGACAAGGCUGACGUUCAGAAAACUCACUCACGUACACACGCAGAGAGAGAGAGAGAGAGAGAAUGGAGAGAAGCACGCCAGUGAGGAAGCCUCACACGUCCACAGCGGAUCUGCUCACCUGGUCGGAGGUCCCUCGGUCAGACAUUCCGGCCACCGUCUCCGGCGCUCGCCCUCAUCAGCCGUCCGAUAGAAUGAGCAAAGUCCUCCACGGAGAUCAGCUCACCGAAGAAGAAGCUCAGAGCCUUGAGAAAAAGAAGCCAUGUUCUGGGUAUAAAUUAAAAGAAAUUACUGGUAGUGGUAUAUUUGCUGGAAACGGCGAAGAUGGUGCAUCAGAAUCUGAUGCUGCUAACAAUAACAGAACAGGGCUGCGUGUUUAUCAGCAAGCAAUGAAUGGAAUUAGUCAAAUUUCAUUCAGUACUGAAGAGAGUAUUUCUCCCAAGAAGCCUACCUCUCUCCCUGAGGUAGCAAAGCAGCGUGAACUAAGUGGGACAUUGCAAAGUGAUUCAGAUGCAAAGACUAAGAAGCAGACAUCAGAGGCCAAGGGUAAGGAGCUCAGUGGCCACGAUAUCUUUGGCCCUCCUGAAAUAGUACCUCGGUCAGUGGCUGCUGCACGGACCUUGGAAUCAAAAGAAAGUAGAGACAUGGCGGAGCCUGGACCUCGAAAUGUACGGACGUCUGUCAAAAUUUCAAAUCCUGCUGGAGGCCAGAGUAAUUUUAUGUUUAGUGAAGAACCAUUUGGCAAGACAGCUAAAAAAAUACAUAACCAAAAGUUUGCUGAGCUGACAGGCAAUGGUAUUUUUAAGGGAGAUGUUCCUCCUGGAUCUGCUGAAAAGCCACUGAGCACGGCUAAAAUGAGAGAAAUGAGUGGCAGUAACAUCUUUGCUGAUGGAAAGGCAGAGUCAAGGGACUAUUUUGGUGGUGUCCGCAGGCCCCCUGGUGGUGAGAGCAGCAUUAGAUUGGUUUAAAUUAUCAGGAAAUGGUGUUUUCUUAAUACCCUUUUGUGAACUUCUGUGUUUACUUAUAAAGCUUCCAUGCUUGAUGAGGAUUAAGAUUAUUGUACGUUUGAGUGAAUGUGUACUUUUAUAUCCAUGCAUUGUUAGGCUUAACAUCUAUAGGAGUAUGGGAAGUCUAUUUAUUUACCUAUGAAUUAGGUAAUAAUUUAGUGAACAUUUUUGCCUUUCA